AUGGUUACUUUGUACUGUGUCGUCGUUGGUGUGGCUGGGAGCGCGUUCCCUGUGGACAUUGACGAGAACAAGUCCGUGGGGCACUUGAAGGACGCGAUCAAGGAGAAGAACGCAUCGACGAUCACAUGCGACGCCAUGAACCUGCAGCUCUUCCUGGCGAAGGCGGGGGGCAACGCAUGGCUGUCGAGCCUCACUGAAGAUGUGAAGAAGCUGAAGAAGGGCGAGAAGACUGUUCUCGUCAAAUCUCUAACGCAAGAAGAAAAGGAGCUGCAGGGAGAGUCCGGCCUCAAGAAAGUGCUGGCGGGGAUGCUAUCGCCAUCCACCGAUGAAAUUCACGUGCUGGUGGUGGUUCCGGAGCAAGACGGUACUAUCUCAAAAGAGAUGUCUGCAGCGACAACGCCACUGACUGUAGAGCAAGUGGAGAUGUCAAUGAAUAAGGUUCUCAGGGAACGAGAUGAGAAGGCGUCUGCAUAUUCGUUUUCCGAUCUGAAUACUGCGAUGGAAGAGCGAAUUGUCAAGAAGAUGCGCUUGACCGAAAAUAUUCCUGAUGUCAAGGAGCCAGUCGAUACUUCCAUCGCCGGUUAUUCGUGGAUUCCAAAAAUCGUGGAGAGCGAGGAAAGUCAAAGGGCUGGGUACAUGGCGUACUUGCAGCAGCAUUUGAAGACGCUGAUAGAUCGAGGAGACUUCUUGUUGGAUGACAUUGCGGGCGAUAAAUCAGUUCUUAACAUCGUGGACCCAAGACUUCCGUUUGCUAUGAAAGGCACAGCUGAUGUAUUGCUCAUCAAUCGAACAUCGAAGAACCCACUGAUUAAGCUGGCUGGGGUCAGCUUGGUGAUCGAGCUCAAGAAGAAAGUCGAACCGGGCCAUGUUCCUCAAGCAAUUGGUCAACUUGUGAGCUGCAGCAUGAAGGCGCCUCUCAAUUGCUAUCCGCUGAGUUUGUUGACGGAUUUAAACGACCACUGGCAUUUCUCUUGGUUCAGCGACAAGCACGUUCUGACCCAACUUACGUUAAGGUAUCCGAAGAACGCGUUCAGAUUUAUCGAGGCAGCUGUACUGAGACGAACGGAGUCUGCCCCACCUCCUCCGUCAUUCAUGCCUGGAUCUUUCAAGACAAUCAAGGUUGAUGACUUCUUGCCCCAGCCAGUUGAUGCUCGUGCAGAGGAGAUGAUGGAACGAUACGAGUUGAUGGCAGAUGUG